AUGAAGUUGUUUGCCGCCGUUCUUGUCGCGUCCGCCGCCGCCUCCAAGCAGUCGGUGACCACGCUCGCGACUGACGAGCGCUCCGAGCUGGCCAAGUGGGGUGAGCAGUUUGGACCUACGGCCGCGGUGUUGCCACGCGCCACCGAGAACCGGACGGCGCUGCCGGCGCGGUUGCGUCCGCCGGUGCAGGCGGAGCAGGCGCAGCUGCGUCGGUCCUACGAGGACGCGAAGCCGAUGGACGCGCACCCUCGCCCGUCGAUGGCGGGUGUGAAGGGUGUGCAGGCGGUGUGCAGCACCUCGACGUUCGCCAGUGCGCAGGGUUCGGCGCUGGUCGCAGCGGUGAAGGCGGCGACCACUGACUGCAUCAACUCCUUGUUCAGUGUCUCUGGCGCGGACGCGUACUCGAUAUUCCGGGAGGCGCAGAUGGUGUCCGUGGCCGACGCGCUGCGCUCGGCCGCUGCCACCUACCAGGGUAACAACAGCGGCAGCACUGCUCAGCUGGUGCUGUUCCUGCGCGCCGGGUACUACGUGCACUACUACGACAGCAGUGUCGGUGCGUACGGGACGGCGCUGUCCACGGCGAUCAAGGGCGCGCUGGACACGUUCUUCGCCAACAGCCGCGCCUUCGACGUGACCGACGCGAACGGCGAGACGCUCUCCGAUGCCGUCACCCUGAUCGACAGCGCGGAGGAGAACGCCCGCUACCUGAGCGUGAUCAAGCGCCUGCUGAACGGGUACAACUCGUCGUACGACGCCUCGUGGUGGAUGCUGAACGCCGUCAACAACGUCUACACGGUGCUGUUCCGCGGUCACCAGGUCCCGGCGUUCGUGUCCGCGGUGGCGGCUGACCGCAGCGUGCUGGACACGCUGUACAACUUCGCCAACACGCACAAGAACCUGCUGGGUGGGACGCAGUCCUACCUUGUCUCCAACGCCGGUCGUGAGCUCGGUCGGUUCUUGGGUGACGCCGCGAUCCGUCCGACGGUCAAGCCGCUCGUGGUCGGUUUGCUCGGCCAGAGCUCCAUCACCGGCCCGACCGCUCCCCUGUGGGUCGGUCUCGCCGAGAUGACCGACUCCUACGACAAGGCCGCCUGCGCCGACUACAACACUUGCGACCUGUCGGCCCGGCUCAUCAGCGCCGUGCUGACGUCGACCUACACCUGCAGCAGCAGCAUCCGCAUCCUGGCGCAGGACAUGACAGCCAGCGAGCUCAGCAGCAGCUGCAACAGCCUGCUGUCCCAGGACGCGUACUUCCACAGCGUCGCGCGGGACAACGGCCCGGUGGCCAACGACUACGGCACGACCAUCGAGGUCGUCGUCUUCGACUCCAGCACGGACUACCAGACGUACGCCGGGUGA